AUGUCCACCGAGGACGGAGCUGAGGUCGCCACCGAGGAGGUGCCGAAGCUCACAGAGGAAAAGCCGGCGAAGGAGAAGAAGGCGAAGGUCCCGAAAUCCCCCAAGGAUAAGAAGCGCAUGGGUUCCAAACCUUCCGCCCCGUCUCACCCGCCUUAUUUCCAGAUGAUCAAGGAGGCCAUCGUUGCCCUUAACGACAAGACCGGAUCGAGCCCCUACGCGAUCGCCAACUUCAUGGAGGAGAAGCACAAGGGAGUGCUGCCGCAGAACUACAAGAAGGUCUUGGCUGUCCAGCUGAGGAACUUCACGGCAAAGGGGAAGCUUGUGAAGGUAAAGGCUUCAUUCAAGCUGUCGGAGGCCGGAAAGAAUGGCGAGACGAAGAAGAUGGAGAAGAAGCAGCAGCCUCAACGGGAGGCGAGGAAGCCAAGGGAGGCUACCAAGAGGAAAGCUUAUGCAGGUACCGCGAAGAAGGCAAAGAAGGCCGCUGCUCCGAAGCCGAAGCAGCCCAAGUCGAUCAGGUCCCCAGCGGCGAAGAAGGCGAGAAAGGCCGCUGCUUGAUGGUGCGGAGGGCUCAGUUCUGCGACUGUGUUCGUGCUCAGUAUAUAGGAUGUGUCCGUAGGGUUAAGCCGCUCUGGUCUUUGAUGCUGUCACCCUUCACGUUCAUCUUGUAAUCUAAUCCUUCUCUUCUUCCAUCUGCUAAUAGCAUACGAUGCUUCUUCUGCAACAACACUCGAAAGCAUAUACAGUGAUUGACGCAGAGUCACGACUGCGUUUCAUCCGGGAAACGAUGUCUGGGAUCCUAGGGAUCUAUGAAAGCUAGUGAAGAUGCUACUUCUGAUGAA